CGAAUAGUUCCGAGUGAGCCCCGAAGCUUCCCGAAUAGAUACGAGUGAGCUCGAAGCUUCCACAAGCCGGAAGAACACAACAAGCGAGGAGGGGAUGGAGGUUGACUGUCAGCCUGAGGAGUCCCUCGUCUCUUCAUUUGAUGAGGACUGUGUCGCGCUUGGUGACGUCAAGGACAUGAGAUUGGAGGCAGAAGCAGUGGUCAAUGAUGUACUUUUUGCCGUCGCCGAAAUGCACGUGUCACAGAGUCUCAACAGUGCGUCCGAUGUGGCCCACAUAAACGUUGAAACCAGAGAGGGAAACCGGUACUGCCUGGAGCUCACAGAGGCAGGACUACGGGUGGUGGGCUAUGCCUUCAAUCACGUUGACGAGGAUUUGAGCACGCAGUAUCACGAGACUGUUUACUCGCUUCUGGACACGCUGAGUCCCGGGUACAGAGAAGCCUUCGGGAAUGCUCUGCUCCAGCGGCUGGAGAUGCUGAAGCAAAACGGACAAUAGAAGGAUCAAGUUGUGCGUCAAGUGGAAAAUAGUUAUUCAAGCUUACUAUGUGACAUUUACCUGUCUAUCUGCCACUUCAAAGAGGGGCCCGCUGCCCAAUCAGUUCUGCUUUCUUCUGAUUUUCAUACCAUCCAGUGAUGGUUAGUUUAGCGACUGCUUGGGAUUGGCUGUGCGGGGUCUGUUGCAACAUCGUGUUGUUGACUUCACUGUGGAAAAGAUCUUCCCGCUUCCAAGUGUUAUACCUCUGUAACUGUGAUUUCUGCACCUUUUGUACUUAUCAGAAUGAUCCGAGAAAGAAGCAGCAUGUUUUUAUAAAGUAUUCAUCCAGUUUCCAACCUUUGCCCUGCCUGUGCUAAAGCUCUGAACUUAUAACUGCUCAAAUAUAGAAACAAACUGGGUCAUGUUCAGCUAGUGUAAAAGAGCCAAAGCUCAAAUAUUUCAGUGUUACUCAUAGAAACUGCCUUAAUGACUGACUUUUGGUUAGAAAAGUACAAAAAAAAAAUCAUUUCCUAAUCGUUUAUUGACAAAGAUAAAAGGUAUUUUAUGGGGCUGUCGUGAAAGGUGGAUUCUUUUGUCUAAUCAUUUGUAAUAUGUUUUUCUGAGACUAAGCUGGUUCUGUAUGCAAUACCAAGUUUCAAUAUGUGUUUGGAUUCUGUUCUCGAUACUACUCAGUGCUGUGAAUCUCAAACUUGUUCUUUAAGGUGUUUCUGCAACAUCUUAUCCUUUCUGGGGUUGAGAAAUGUUUCUUUUUUUGUUGUGGUCUUGUCUUCAACCUUUUAAUUUGUUUUGUCAGGCUGCACAGCAUUUGUUGGCACUUUUAGAGCCGCUUUAAAAUGUUGGUUUAUUGUACAUGUCAUGUGACCUGGCUAUAAUCCAGAUACUUAAGUUCUACUGUUAUACUUGCUGCUGGCCUUUGCUCAGACCAAUAAAGUCUCAAAAUGUC